AUGCCGUCCUACGACAACUUCCAGCCCCCGCCGCCUAUUCGCACCGCAACGAGCGGUUCGCAGAAGUCGCAGUCCUCCGGGACAGCAUCGCCAGUCAUGGCAUCGCCCACCUCAAUGUACUCGCGCUCGCCGACCAGCCCAGCCGAAGACACAUUCUUCAGUGCCAUCAGCGCAAAGAUACGUGGUCGCUCGCGCAGUCGGUCUCGUGCGGGGUCACCGGAGCACUCCACCUCCACCGCGCAUCCCAUCAGUCCCACAUACGCCACGCAGCGACCCAAGCAGCCACGACAUGUCUCCUCCGCCAGCCAAGGCUCCAUUGGGUCGUCGACAGCGAAGGCACCGCGUCCUACUAUGCCAACAACACCCUCAAGACGCAGCACGAGCAACAGCGACAUGUGGCGCGGGCGUCAUUCCAACUCCUGGCUCUUCAACGACUUCUCAUUCACCGAGACCGCGAAGGGGGCGUUCGGUCGAAAGUCAUCGUAG